AUGUACUCUAUAUUGUGCCAAGUAGGGCCUCGGGAUAUCCCGGCUUUCGGCGAUGCGUUGAUGGCAGUUCGUGCAACAAAGGUUGUGGUGGAUCACUUCCAUAAGGGACAGCUUCCACCAAAUCCUUUCCAACUCGAUUCACUAAGCGCGGACUCUCACGAAGUAUCCUUUGAGGAGCUCCGGCAAAUUCUCAACUUGGUGCAUCUGAUAAGGUGCAUUGAGGACUUUUGCCUCUACAACACUGAAUGGGGCCGAGACUGCUACUUCCACCUGAAACAGGAGAACAAAGCAGCACCUCCUCAGGAAAACUGGCUCAAGUGGCAGGAGAGAUUCCACCGUUCAAUGUAUCAAUCUUUCCUGAUGGGUGCUGUGCUCUCCCGGGCAUACCAGCAGCCGUUGGACCCAUCGAACAACUGUCCGGAACACUUUUUCAAGGACAUCAACACUCGACUCCAAGGGGACGAGCCGGUGCUCAGAAACGACGAGAUGGCCUAUUUACUAAGAUACCCGGUGUUUAAUUUUGAGGCAUAUGAAGAUCACGAGCCGAUAUACGGACAGCUGGCAGACUUUCUGGUCCAACAAAGCCGGCAUCGAGCGCAAAGCAGAUCAAACUUGCCUGACUUUUAUCCUGAGGAUGCAAUACCUAACGACCUAGAUCGGGGCCAAGCCAGCUUACUUUAUGCCGAAACUGUGCAGUGUCUCCUGGCAUCAAUGACGCUGUUGAACCACGAGGGAUAUUCUCCAAUAUUCGAGAAAGAUAACAAAAAUCCUGAUAUCAAAAGCCUAAGCAGAAAAGUCACAAUUGUACCUUUAGGAUCGUUCUAUCCUGAGCAAAUCGCGAUGCCCACUAGUGUGCAUGCCGCACACCAGACGCGUCUGCUCAAAUCGCCUCUGCCACAGGAGACAGGAGAAUCCUCGUGGAAUCCUUCUGCCCGCUUUAUGAGCCUGUUUCUGGACAUUAUGCAUUCAUCAUCCGGCCAGCCAAAUCAUUAUGCAGAUACUUUUCCUACGCCGCCUCCUCCAUUGCAGAUAUUCCAGUUCAUCAGCCGAAAGUUUCUCGGCCUCAGAUUCUCAGACGAAGCUUUUGACGUCGAGGACAUCGAUGCUGCCCAUAAGCUGUUCGUUCAUCAUCCGACCGCCUCAGGUAUCUACGAGGACGAGUGGCCUGAUUUAAUUCCAUCUAUUUUCGAUACUCCUGACGGAGGUGGCGAAUACGAUGCUUACUAUGUUGUCUGA